AUGGUGGAAGAAAUGUAUAUGGAAGAAAUGAAGGAGCAGGGAAAGAACAUGGGAUCCAUGGAGAAGAAUCCUUUGGAUCAAAGCAACGAAGAUUCUGCUUCUAAGUCAACAAGUAACCAAGAGAAGAGCCCCAUGGCCGACACUUACCAUAUGAAUCCCAAUCACAACGGUGACCUAGAAGGCGUCACUGGAAUGCAAGGAAGCCCAAAGAGACUAAGAACCAGCGAGGAGACAAUGAUGCAGCCCAUAAAUGCGGAUUUCAGUUCCAACGAGAAGCUCACGAUGAAAAUUCUAGAAGAACGGCAAGGGAUAAGAUCAGACGGUGGCUACCCUUUCAUGGGGAAUUUCGGGCAAUACCAAAUGGAUGAGAUGUCAAGAUUUGAUGUAGUCUCAGACCAGGAGCUCAUGGCGCAAAGGUACUCAGGAAAUAACAAUGGCGUGUCCCUUACGUUAGGGCUACCUCAUUGCGAUAGCUUGUCGUCCACGCACCAUCAGGGGUUCAUGCAGACCCACCAUGGGAUUCCUAUAGGGAGAAGAGUGAAAAUAGGAGAAACAGAGGAAUAUGGAACCGCCUCCAUCAACGGUGGCGGAUCAGCUACAACUGCACAUUCAUCAGCCGCAGCAGCCGCUGCUUACAAUGGGAUGAACAUACAGAACCAGAAGAGAUAUGUUGCUCAGUUAUUGCCCGACUUCGUUGCGUAA